AUGCCUAGUAUUUCAAUGAGUGGACCUACUAAUUUUGUCCCAUUAAUUGAAAGGGCAAUUGAAAUUUGUGAAGAAAAACAUUCUUACCAUAUUUUGGUUAUUGUUGCUGAUGGACAAGUUACCAACGAGAAAAUCAAUCAAAAGGCAAUUGCCCAAGCAUCACGUUACCCUCUCUCCAUUAUUAUGGUUGGUGUUGGAGAUGGACCUUGGGAUAUGAUGACGCGUUUUGAUGAAACACUUCCAAAACGUCUCUUCGACAAUUUCCAUUUUGUUGACUUCCAUAAAGUAAUGUUCAAUGCCCCUAAUCCAGAGGCAUCCUUUGCUCUGAAUGCAUUAAUGGAGAUUCCCGAUCAAUACAAGGCAAUAAAAGAAUUGGGCUUUUUAAAAUUCAGUCGACGUGGUUAA